AACUUCUCUUCGAUCAUUUCCCAUGGCAAAGCAUAGAGCUCUUAAUAUACUCUUCUUUCUGUUGCUGGGAAUAGGAAUAUGCUCGGCAGCAAGAACUCUCCUCAAUUAUGAGGUUGGACUCGGCGCCCACGUUGGUGUUACCGUUGGUGGCGGCGGCGGUGGUGGAGGUUCCGGUGGAGGUGGCGGAUAUGGUGCGGUGGGUGACCAUGGUUAUGCGGGUGGGGCUGGCAGUGGAGAAGGCGGUGGGGCCGGGUAUGGUGGUGGUGCUGCGGGUGGUGGAGGCGGUGGGGGAAAGGGUGGUGGUGGUGGAGGUGGCGAGGCAGGCGGCCACGGUUCGGGUUAUGCGGGUGGAGCUGGUAGUGGGGAAGGCGGCGGUGCCGGGUAUGGUGGUGGUGGUGGAGAGCACGGUGGUGCUGGCGGUGGUGGUGGCGGCGGAAGUGGUGGCGGUGGCGGCGGCGGUUAUGCUGGUGGGGGUGACCAUGGCGCCGGGUCCGGGAGUGGAAGUGGUGAAGGAGGCGGAGCUGGAGGUGGAUAUGGUGCGGGAGGGGAACAUGGCGGUGGCGGCGGGUACGGUGGUGGUGGAGGCGGGGGUAGUGGCGGCGGAGGCGGUGGCGCUUCAGGUGGAGCACACGGCGGCGGAUAUGGCGGAGGUGAAGGAGCAGGGGGUGGGUACGGCGGAGGAGGAGCAAGCGGUGGGGGAUAUGGUGGUGGGGGUGGCAAAGGGGGUGGUGGAGGCGGAGGCUAUGCCGGUGGAGCAUCAGGUGGUGGAUAUGGAAGUGGAGGUGGUGAAGGUGGCGGCGCAGGAGGCGGAGCAGCACACGGAGGUGGGUACGCUGGUGGUGGAGGUAGUGGCGGAGGAUCAGGCGGAGGCGGCGGGUCUGCCGGAGGUGAACAUGGAGGUGGAUAUGGCGGCGGUGCCGGUGGUGGUGAAGGGGGUGGACAUGGUGGUGGCUACGCCCCAUGAAUACAUACCCAAAAGGGGAUAUGAUUACUCUUCUUACAUAUACACCGCAUAAUUAAAAUAAUAAGUAAAUGCAUUACACGCAGUAAGAUAUAUGUAAGAAGAUAUGAUGGUUAUUAUGAAAAGUAAUUAAGCAGAAGCAUGCAGCAAUGCAAGGGCUGCAUGUAUUAAUGUUUCUUAUACGUAAUUAUCAAGUUCAAUAUAUUAAGAUAUGGUGUCUGUUAUUAACGUUAA